AUGAAUACCUCGCGACCUUCGUCGGCCAAUCAAAAGUCGGUCGCGAAUGCCAGUAGUACAACAGCUGCUCCACUCCGACGCGCCAAAGUCGCCAGCGUCGCCCAAAUGGAUAUUUCCUCCAUCGCGCCCUCCUUCAAGCCUAUCGCCUCUUCCUUGCCCGGAUCGGCCACUGUGACCCCGACCAACUCCUCUCGUGCAAGUUACUCCAUGACCCCCUCAACAUCAACACCCAAUGGAUAUCAUACAAUCAAUGGCAACACGUACAACACUUACAACAACAACAACAACAACAACAACAACAACAAUACACCGACUCCUCCUCGCAUGGCGUCUGUCCGUGUCCGGUCGUCCAAUUCUGUUGCCACGACUGCAUCUUUCAGGAGUGCCAAUGGUGCAAGCAGCGCAGGGAGUGGACGGCGAGACGGUGGAUCGGUGACUUCUGAUGACGGCACUGUUUCUGAGGACUCGGAUCGCGCUGGAGACGAGAUGCAGCUCUAUUCAGGAGGUCAGGCCAGUGUCGGCGGAGGGGUCAAUGUACCGGUUGGGUUAUCUGGCAGGCAUAACUCCUCUUCCUCUGCAGGGUUGGUCCGCUCCCCAUCGUCGUCAACGGUGGGGCUCAAGAUUGCUGGACGGUCAAGUCGACACAGGGCAACAUCCAGUACAUCAGGCUUGACUUUUGGAUCAGGAAACAAUCAGGCCAAACCAAUGCGAAUGGCAGUGGGCGCGUCCAUCAAGAUCGAUCCAAGUCUGAGCCUCAGCAAUCAAAACGCUUUGCAGUCGUCUCUACUGACUACUACGACUCCUGGAUCUUCUACAGCGGGAUCGCUUGUCGGCACUACUUCUCCUGCACCGCUCACAUCCUCAGCAUCGCUCCCAACCUGGAACAACACGCCGUCCUCCAAUGCAAGCUUGGGCAGUAGCCUUUCAAGAAGCGGAUCCCUUGGACAUUCUCGAUCAGGAGAUGAAGGAUCGGCACUAUCAGGAAUGUCAAAUUCGUCAUCACAGCCAUUUCAACAGCAACAACAACAACCAACGACCCGAUCAGUCAAGAGCGCUUCAGCAACAACAUCGGCCACAGUCAAGCAGGCAGAGGAGAAUCGCCGGAUAGAAGAAGCAGCCAGGACACGACGCAAGAUUGCGGACCUUGAGAUCUCGAACGCUUCUCUUCUAUCGAUCAAUCAAUCUCUUGAGGCGACCAUUCGGAAACAAGCGAGUGAGGUUCAGGAGCUCAAGGUCCGAAUGCAAUCAACACAUUAUGGAGAGUUAGGGUAUUCAGCGGCAGAUUUGGCGCUGGCACAGAGCGUGGAAGCAAUUGAACUGACAGAGGAGGAGAAACUGGACGACAUGACAUUCAAGCGUCUUUGUAUGUCAAUCGAGCAAAUGAUCUUUGAGGCCAAGUCAGCUCUAGAUCAAUGCUCGAAACCCGCUGGAGUCAAAGUCCUGUCGCUGCAUGAUAUGUAUGAAAAGGAAGUACGAGAGGCGCAAGUGGUUGAUGAAGACGACGAAGACGAUGUGGACAAUGUGGGCGGUCGAGGAAUGAGCCAGAUGACGUUUGUACAGGAUGAUGACGACGACAUUGAUAUAAAGGAUCACGGCGCCAUGAAGGCCAAGUACUCAAUAGAGGUCCUCGCACCACAGGACGACGACAAGCAUAGCGACAGGGCGAGCGACAUCACUAAGAAUCAGCAACGACAACGACAGAACUCGAAGGAGACUCGUCGGGAUUCGGGGCUGAGUCGAUCCAGUGGUGAAAGUAUGCGGGCUCAAAAUAAGCGGCAGCAGGGUGAUAGACUCUUUCGUGACGACAGCGACAACGAGGGGGGCCAUGAGAACGACGGCGGUGGGUUGGGAUUGACUAGUUCUCCACAUACCAUGAUUUCUUCCGCUGUUCUAGAUACGCCGACGAUCGUUACUUGA